AUGCGUCUCAUUCCAACGCUACUGAUCCUCGUCUGCUGCCAUGUUGCCUUGGCCAAUACGGACCAGGCCAUCCUGCGCCUCGAGCAUACUACCGGCUCGCUUCCAUCGCCCCCUUUGCCCCUCGGUCUCAAUCUCCUCCAGACGUCGAUCGAAGAGCUCGGCAUCUAUCUCGGUAAUGGUAGCUUGACCUCCGUCGACCUCGUGAAGGCGUACCUCCACAACGCCGAACGUGACAACCACCAAGGCCUGAAUCUACGUGCUGUGAUACAGAGCGCUCCGACCGACAACAUUCUUGCGAUUGCGACAGCGCUGGACGCUGAGCGCCAUGCCGGACAGAUCAGGGGACCACUCCAUGGCAUUCCCAUUUUGGUCAAGGACAAUAUGGCAACGGAGAUUGAGUUGGGCAUGGAUACUUCGGCGGGGAAUACUGCUCUGAAGGAAUCCAAGGUCAAGCGAGAUGCAGAAGUGGUCAGAAAGCUGCGAUCCGCUGGGGCGAUCAUCAGUGGCAAGGCCAACCUCAAUGAGUUCUCUGGGUGGAAAGCGUAUCCUCGAUCUGCCUCGGACGCCAUGGGGAAGGGCGGAACCUGGGGCUGGUCAGCCGUUGGCGGACAGACCUCGUCAGCAUACGUCGAGGGAGGAUGUGAGGCAGGUGGCAAUCCGCUAGGGAGCUCCUCGGGCAGCGCAGUCGGCGUCAGCGCUGGGUUCGCAGCGGCCGCUCUGGGAACGGAUACGACUGGCUCUUCUAUCCCGCCAGUCGCGCUGCACUAUUCGGUGUCUGUACUAGAUGCCGUCGGUCCGAUGGGUUUUACGGCCCGGGAUACCGCAAUCCUGUUGGAUGUCCUGACCUACAAUGAUGGCAGAUACCUCAAAGCCACCCAGAAUCCCUCGCUCAAAUCGAUCCGGCUCGGCCUAGUCCGGAGAAACUUCCUAGACGAGGCAGACGGCCGUAUGACCAGUCUCAACGCCUGCGUCUCGGAGGUCGAGCAGGCUUUGAGGUCUACGAUGGCUAUGCUGUCCAAGGUGGCGGGAGCGGCUGUGAUCCACGUCAACAUGCAGCUCAACUUCGCGGAUCUCGUGCGCCUCAACGCGGCGACGGGUGUGGUCAUGACUACGGGAUUCAAGGAGGAUCUGGAGGGGUACAUGGCGGGACUGGCGGAGAGUCCGGUGAGGACGCUAAGGGAUGUCGUUGAGUGGAAUGAGGCACAUGCGAAAGAGGAGUUUCCACCUGGACAAUGCUGCCAACAACGCCUGCUCGACUCGCUUGUCUCGCCCGGCCGCAAGUCGUCCGAAUACAAGCAAGCAUGGCAGACCAUACACGAGCUUGGCCGAGAUAGGGGUCUCGGAUACCUCUUUGACGAGUACGGGAUGGACGCGCUGGUGUUCAGCCCAGAGCUGGGUUUGCCAUCGGGCAUUGUAUCUCCUCAAGGAUACGCCGAGGGAACGGCUCCAAUGGGAUAUUGCAAGAAUGGGGCGCCGUUUGGGAUCCUGUUUGUGGUCAGACCGGGGCAGGAGGAGAAGUUGCUUGGGAUCAUGGCUGGAUAUGAGGCGAUAAUGCCCAGAAGGAGGACUCCGGCGCCGAUGGAAAAGACGAGCACUUGA